UGAUACUUGGAACACYGCCUCCGAUUUGGAGAAUGAACUUGAAUGCAUGUUGCAGCAAAAGCGUGCCAAAAGCAGCAGCAGCAGCUCAUCAUCGUCGGGCAGCAAAGAUGGCCAAUGGUCCGGUUGGUCGGAAUGGUCGACCUGUUCACGUACCUGCGACGGCGGCAUUAUGCAACAAAUACGCCGCUGUUACAACACAAACGGCUGCAAGGGCGAAACCAUACGUUAUCGCAUCUGCAACAUGCAGCCAUGCCCCGAGCUGCAAGACUUUCGGGCGCAUCAGUGUGCCGCCUACAACGAUGUGCCCUACGACGGUACACUGUACACGUGGACGCCGCACUACGACUAUGUGGAGCCAUGCGCCCUAACAUGCAGAGGCCGUCCAGCUCAUUUACAUUUGGGCGACAGCGCAUCAUCCGAAGUGGUUGAGGAUCCCGAACACUAUGAUGAUCAUGUGAUCGUACAACUGUCGGCGAGCGUACAAGACGGCACACGCUGUCGAACGGGCAGUCUCGAUAUGUGCAUACAGGGUAAAUGCCAGCGCGUCGGCUGCGAUUUAAAAAUCGGUUCGACGAAGAAGAUCGACAGCUGUGGCGUUUGUGGCGGAGACAGCAGCACUUGUUCGCAGCCACUUUACUAUUGGGAGACAGCGCCAACAACACAAUGUUCGGUGACAUGUGGCGGAGGCUAUAAGAUGUCUCAACCGUUGUGUCGAAACCGUGUCACUGGCGUAGAAGUCGAGGACUCCAUGUGCGGUCCCCAACGGCCGGAACCGUCGGUGCUGCUYUGCAACACGCACACCUGCCCACCAAGGUGGAUCACUGAUGACUGGAGUCCAUGCAGUCGCCUCUGCGGACCUGGCUACCGCGAGCGCAUGGUGGUGUGUGCGGAGGAGAAUAAUGGCAUCAAGACAACGGUGCUGGAUGUGACGUGUCGAGCGCCAAAGCCAGCCACACAAGAACCGUGCAUGAUAGAGAAGUGCCCAACAUGGGAGGUGGAAGAAUGGACUGGAUGCUCGGUAACUUGUGGGCAGGGCUUGCAGAUGCGUGGAGUAGAAUGCAAAUCGGCCGAUGGCAGACACAGCGCCAAAUGCGACCCACUUACGAAGCCCGCAUCGGUGCAGCAAUGCUCAACAGGGGUUUCAUGUGACAACGGCGGCGGUACGAUUAUACUCGGCAGCAGCGGACCCCUCGCAUCGUCGGAUGAUGCGGAUGUCGAUGAGGACGAUGAAGAGGAUGACGACGACUCCGCGGAUGUAGAUGAUGUUGAGGAGGGCGCUGAUGAACCUAGUGAUGUUCGCAAUGGCGAUGCCGGCUUGGUGACAUAUCAUGAUGAGUCUGCACCACAGUACGCACAUCGCUCGGUCAGUCAUCUGCAUCAUGAAGAACCCCAGCAGCCACAUGCCGAGCGGCUUACUGGUGGUGGUGGUGGUUAUGAUUAUCGUGGUAAUUCGGAUACAGAGUCAGAGGUGCCUGCUGGUGACCCAAGCUUCGUCAAAGACAGCGAAUGGUCACCGUGCAGCGUUACCUGUGGUGAGGGCGUACGCCGACGAAUUUAUCGCUGCAAAAUCUUUCUCGAAUACUCGCGCACCAUCGCAACCGUGAACGAUUCACUAUGCGAAGGUGUCAAACCGCACGAUGAAGUAGAACGUUGUGUCCAGGAACCAUGUAUGCUGCCCUCACAUGCUUACGAUGAUCAAUAUCUACGCGACUCCAUUAAGGUGGGUGUAUCCGAACCCGGUAAAACAUAUGUAUGGCGAGAGCAAGGUUACACCUCGUGCAGCGCUAGCUGCUUGGGUGGCGUUGAAGAGUUGAUAAUAAAUUGUGUACGCGAAGAUAAUGGACGCGUGGUGUCACCAUUCCUAUGUACGCCCGAAACCAAACCUGAAGCACGAGUGCGUACUUGCAACGAUCGACCUUGCCCACCGCGCUGGAAUUACUCCGACUACACGCCCUGUUCGAAGUCAUGCGGCAUUGGCAUUAAGACACGCGAAGUUCAGUGCAUACACGAGGUGACGCGCGGUGGCGAGAAUACCAUGGUUGUGCCGAAUAGCAUGUGUCCACAACCGCCACCAGCCGAUCGCCAGUAUUGCAAUGUGCUCGACUGUCCGGUACGUUGGGAGGUAGGUGAAUGGUCGAAAUGUUCGCACACUUGCGGUUAUGGCAUCAAGGAACGUAAAGUGGAGUGUAAGCAGAUUAUGGCACAGGAGCAUAAAAUUGAGCGCCCCGAAUCGAUGUGUCCGAGCGCCAAACCGCCAGAUAAAAAACCUUGCAAUGUGAAACCCUGUCCCGUGGAGGAUCCCAAACCCGUCAUACAAGUUAGCAAUACAACGCAUAUACAACACGAUCCCAAAAAGGCGAAGAUCACGUUGAAAGUUGGUGGUGCCGGUGUGGUAUUCUUUGGCACACAAGUGAAAAUAAAAUGUCCCGUGAAACGCUAUAACCGUACUAAGAUAAAGUGGAGUAAGGAUCACAAACCCUUGGCACGUUCGCGUAAGUUUAAAGUCUCUAAGAAAGGUGCUCUACGCAUUUUGGAUAUAACAUUCCGUGAUGCUGGUGUAUAUUCCUGUCAUGCGGGGCACAGCUCUGCUGAGAUCACUAUUGAUGUGAAGGCGAAACCCGGGCAACAACCAGAAGAGCUGAAACUGCAGGAAUCAGAACGUCUUGUUCAUGAACGUGAAGGCACGGAAGCUUUAACCUCUGCCGAUAUGACCACGGCUGGAGAAAAUACGAAUAGCUCCCAAAACACGCGUCGUAAGCAGCAAGGAGCACGAGAAAGCAAUCGACGUAACAAAAAUGAUCAGGCACAAAACGUAGACGCUAGCAUCUUGGAGAAUGAGGUGAGUCAGCAAACAUCACUGAGUAUAUCUUGCAUAUUUACAAAUACUAUAUAUAAAAUAUAAGUGUGGACAUGCCAAAAUUGAAAGCACGAAAGCAAAUAACUUCAGUUUAGAACUAAAAAACGCAMAAAUAUAAGUCAUUCCGCACAAGCAACUGCGCGGUGUAGUUUUACUGCAGUGGGAGUGUUUGUGGCAAUACAGCAAAACUUCUGAGGUGUACUUAUGUGAUGUUCUUCAACAGUCGCUGGUUUUAUGUUCUGGGUCCUCUACAUUGAGAUUGGUCCGGCAAAAUGCUGGUCUUUAAAUGUUUGAUGAUUGCACACGCCUGACAGUUCUUUGUUCGAGUAUAUUGGAUUUACGGAUUGCUAUUAUGGACAACAAUGUUUAUCAACUUUACGUAAUUUGUUAGUUUUCCUCUUCGUUUGCUACAUUCUGCGUUACGAUUUCCUUGCUACAAAGAACACUUGCGCGGAAGCUGCAAA